AACAAGAACAAGGCGUCGAAGAGAUUGGCACAGCACGAAUUUAGCUUAAAAAUAUAGUUUUCGCCUUGAUUUGCGCGGCGUCUUUAUCUUGUUGUCGUCGUGUAAUAAUUAAUAGCUAAUUAUUGUAUUAGCCAAUUAUAACCAAUGGCCACCAUAGAUGGAAGACCAGCGCAAUAUGGUAUUUCCCUUAAGCAAUUGCGCGAGCUCAUGGAGCAUCGGGGAAGAGAAGGUGUAGCGAAGAUUGCAGAAUUUGGUGGUAUUCACGAACUAUGUAAAAAGCUAUACACAUCACCGAAUGAAGGUCUAAGUGGCUCGAAGGCUGACGAAGAGCACAGGCGGGAGACAUUUGGUUCAAAUAUAAUACCACCAAAGCCACCAAAAACCUUUUUGACACUAGUUUGGGAAGCCCUACAGGAUGUAACCCUUAUUAUUUUAGAGGUUGCUGCCUUAGUAUCACUUGGCUUAUCAUUUUAUAAGCCAGCCGAUGAAGAUGCGCCUUUACUGCAAGAAGAGGAGGAGCACCAUGGUUGGAUUGAAGGCUUGGCCAUCCUCAUCUCUGUUAUCGUCGUUGUGAUUGUAACAGCCUUUAACGAUUACUCAAAGGAAAGGCAAUUCCGUGGUCUUCAAAGUCGCAUCGAAGGCGAGCACAAGUUCUCCGUUAUCAGAGGAGGCGAUGUCUGUCAGAUUUCUGUCGGGGAUAUCCUCGUUGGUGACAUAGCGCAGAUAAAAUAUGGAGACCUAUUGCCGGCCGACGGUUGCCUUAUUCAAAGCAAUGACUUAAAGGUUGACGAAUCAUCCCUAACUGGCGAAUCGGAUCAUGUCAAAAAGGGAACUGACGUUGACCCCAUGGUCCUUUCGGGCACACAUGUCAUGGAAGGCAGCGGCAAAAUGAUCGUCACAGCCGUUGGUGUUAACUCUCAGGCUGGAAUUAUAUUUACGCUUCUUGGCGCCGCAGUUGAUGAACAGGAAGCGGAAAUUAAAAAGAUGAAGAAAGAAGCUAAAAAGGCCAGCAAGCAAAAGAGUCUGACAGGUGAGACCGGAAAAGGUACCCAAGCUCCUCCCCAAACUCAACAUCAAGCUGUUCAUAGCGAAGGAACCAAGUCAUCAGAAUCGGAGGGUAAUCAUGUCCCCCAAUCAUCAUCCUCCGCCACAGCAGCUGCUCCCGAAACUGGGCAUAAAAAGGAGAAAUCGGUGCUGCAAGCAAAGCUAACAAAAUUGGCCAUCCAAAUCGGUUAUGCUGGAUCAACAAUUGCUGUACUUACAGUCAUUAUACUGAUCAUUCAGUUUUGUUUCAAGACCUUUGUAAUUGAUGAAAAGCCGUGGAAGAAUACGUACGCUAAUAAUCUGGUGAAACAUUUGAUAAUUGGUGUUACUGUCUUGGUUGUGGCUGUUCCAGAGGGGUUGCCUCUGGCAGUGACGCUUUCACUGGCUUACUCUGUCAAGAAAAUGAUGAAAGAUAAUAACUUGGUUCGUCAUCUGGAUGCCUGUGAAACGAUGGGCAAUGCCACUGCCAUAUGUUCGGAUAAAACUGGAACUUUGACCACAAAUCGAAUGACUGUGGUUCAAUCGUACAUUUGUGAGAAACUGUGCAAAGUAUUGCCAACUUUAACCGAUAUACCGCAGCAUGUGGGAAAUUUGAUAACAAUGGGAAUAUCUGUGAACUCAGCCUACACUUCCAAUAUUAUGGCUGGCAAAAAUCCCGGUGACUUGCCUAUUCAAGUUGGCAACAAAACGGAAUGCUCUCUCUUGGGCUUUGUUCAGGCACUGGGCGUAAAGUAUCAAUCGAUUCGGGAUGAAAUUCCGGAGGAUAAGUUCACCCGCGUUUAUACUUUCAAUUCGGUUCGGAAAAGCAUGGGUACGGUUAUCCCACGACCCAACGGCGGAUAUCGGUUAUAUACCAAAGGAGCUUCUGAGAUUAUUAUGAAAAAAUGCUCUUUUAUCUACGGUCAUGAGGGUACCCUUGAGAAGUUCACUCGUGAUAUGCAAGAGCGCUUGAUACGAGAAGUGAUCGAACCUAUGGCUUGUGAUGGCCUGCGCACCAUUUCGGUAGCCUACCGUGACUUUGUACCCGGCAAAGCCGCAGUAAACGAAGUUCACAUCGAUGGAGAACCCAAUUGGGACGAUGAGGAAAACAUAAUGACAAACCUGACCUGCCUCUGUGUGGUUGGCAUAGAAGAUCCCGUACGUCCCGAGGUCCCCGAUGCCAUCAGAAAGUGCCAAAGAGCCGGCAUUACGGUGCGAAUGGUGACUGGCGAUAAUAUAAAUACGGCACGCUCGAUAGCCAGUAAAUGUGGUAUUUUGCGUCCAAACGAUGAUUUCCUAAUACUCGAAGGCAAGGAAUUCAAUCGCCGGAUAAGAGAUAGCAAUGGAGAUAUUCAACAGCAUUUAAUUGACAAGGUCUGGCCCAAAUUACGCGUUUUGGCACGUUCAUCACCCACGGACAAGUAUACUUUAGUGAAAGGAAUCAUUGACAGCACAGUUAGUGAAAACCGUGAAGUUGUGGCGGUAACUGGCGAUGGUACAAACGAUGGGCCUGCAUUAAAAAAGGCCGAUGUCGGCUUUGCAAUGGGCAUAGCCGGCACCGAUGUGGCCAAAGAAGCCUCUGAUAUCAUUUUGACUGAUGAUAACUUCAGCAGCAUUGUCAAGGCUGUUAUGUGGGGUCGUAACGUCUACGAUUCGAUUGCCAAAUUUCUGCAGUUUCAGUUGACGGUGAAUGUGGUUGCUGUUAUUGUUGCAUUUAUUGGUGCGUGCGCUGUGCAGGAUUCACCACUUAAGGCGGUGCAAAUGUUGUGGGUUAAUCUUAUCAUGGAUACGUUGGCCUCUUUGGCCCUGGCCACCGAACUACCAACACCAGAUUUAUUGUUACGAAAGCCUUAUGGUCGCACAAAGCCGUUGAUUUCACGCACAAUGAUGAAGAAUAUAUUGGGUCAAGCUUUGUAUCAAUUGGUCAUAAUAUUUGGCUUGCUUUUUGUGGGCGACGUAAUACUCGAUAUCGAAUCGGGUCGUGGACAAGAACUCAAUGCUGGCCCAACACAACACUUUACCAUUAUCUUUAACACUUUUGUCAUGAUGACUUUGUUCAAUGAGAUAAAUGCCCGAAAAAUUCAUGGUCAGCGUAAUGUUAUCGAAGGACUCUUUACCAAUCCAAUAUUCUAUACCAUUUGGAUAUUUACAAUGAUAUCACAGGUGUUUAUUAUACAAUACGGAAAAAUGGCUUUCUCAACCAAGGCCUUGUCGCUGGACCAAUGGCUCUGGUGUAUAUUCUUUGGCAUUGGCACCCUUGUUUGGGGCCAACUUAUAACCUCAGUGCCUACGCGAAAAUUACCUAAAAUAUUAUCAUGGGGGCGUGGACAUCCCGAGGAAUAUACAGAUGCUAUGAAUUUGGGUGAGGAGCGUUUCGAUUCAAUUGAUUCGGAUAAGAAGCCGAGAGCUGGACAGAUUUUAUGGAUUCGUGGCUUAACUCGGUUGCAAACUCAAAUUUCAGUACCGGUAAUAGGCGGCGAAUUGCAAGAACGCUUGAUACCGGUCCCCUAUAGCAAGAGCAACACUGAUCAAGCUAUUCGUGUGGUGAACGCUUUUCGUCAAGGCCUAGAUUCACGUUAUGGUGAUCAUACGAACAAUACGUCGCUGGCUGAGGUACUGCGCAAGCAGACAUCGCUGAGCAAGCGAUUGUCGGAAACGUCUUCCAUUGAAUAUGCAGAUAAUAUACCCGAUGAGCUGACCAUACCCGAAAUCGAUGUCGAACGCUUAUCAUCGCACAGUCACACUGAAACGGCAGUUUAAUAUAAAGCAAUGAGAUUUAUCGCACGGACAGGUCACACUGAAAUCGGUUUUAAAGAUCGGCAAGGUAACACUGAAGCCGCCGUUUCAAAGAUUCACCCGCACUCAAACAUAAAUACAAAACCUACACAUAAUUUUUUCUGAUGAAAAAAAUAUGGACCUUUUCACAUUAUGGCAAAAAGUGUAUACAUUUAGGAAUCACUUGAAAAGCGGUUUAAAAAGUCCUUACAAAAUGUAUUCGCACGUUUUUAAAUAAUUUUGAAAGUAUUUUCUCAUUUCUGUGUGACAACUCUGUGUAUAUCUAUGUUAUAUAUUAAAUCUGUUUUUAUGAUACAAAAAAUCAAAUCCUGCUUUAAAUAUGUUUAAAAAAGUUGCUUAUCAUAAAGAAGGUAAAUUACAAGAUACUUGACAUCUGAUACUUGGACAACUAUAUUCCUAAUUGGAUUUCUAAAAAAUUUAUAAUAAAACGAGAAUUAAAUUUUUACAAAAUAAGAAAGAUUAGAAAUGAUUGUGCCCAAAAUAAAAUUCAAGUUUAUUAAAU